UGUUUCCAAACAUUUCAUGCCAUCCACACUAACACAGGAAUAGGUUCUAGUGUUCUCAGAGAUGUACUUGAUCUUUGCACCUCUUGCUUGUUAUUCCCAGGGCUGUGGAUAAAUGCGAAGUGUUGGUGAAAGAGGUAUAUGCCAACAUGGGGCUGGAGUAUCGGGAGACCGACUCGGAGGAGGAUGACCCCUCUUCCAGACCCAUGGAAGUCAUAGAGAUCCCCGACGAAGACGAUGACGACGUCAUGAGCAUCGAUUCGGGUGACACAAGUAGCAAGGCUGCAAAGGAUCAAUCUCUGCUUCGAGAGGCCAUGGCGGCCAUGAGGAAGUCGGCUCAGGAUGUCCAGAAGUUCAUGGAUGCGGUCAACAAGAAGUCAGGCAGCCUAGAUCCUCAGAGAAUUCCCGGCUGUGAACUGAUGCAAGAUGGCGACCUGUCAGUGGGGGACCGUGUGCUGGGCAAGAAGCGGACCAAGACAUGGCACAAGGGCACCCUGAUAGCCAUCCAGACUGUGGGUCCUGGGAAGAAGUACAAAGUGAAGUUUGACAACAAAGGGAAAAGUUUGCUUUCGGGAAACCACAUCGCAUACGACUCCCACCCACCGAUCGAUAAGCUUCACGUCGGGAGCCGAGUGGUGGCCAAGUACAAGGACGGGAACCAAGUCUGGUUGUAUGCUGGCAUCGUAGCAGAGACGCCAAAUGUCAAGAACAAGAUGAGGUUUCUCAUCUUCUUUGAUGAUGGCUAUGCCUCCUACGUGAUCCAGCCUGAGCUCUACCUGAUCUGCAGACCCUUAAAGAAAUCCUGGGAGGACAUCGAAGACAUCUCAUGUCGGGAUUUUAUUGAGGAGUACAUCACGGCCUACCCCAACCGCCCGAUGGUUUUGCUGAAGAGCGGUCAACAGAUCAAAACGGAGUGGGAAGGGACCUGGUGGAAGUCUCGCGUGGAGGAAGUGGACGGAAGCUUGGUCAAGAUCCUCUUCCUGGUAGGAGCGGCUCAGGAUGACAAACGCUGUGAGUGGAUCUACCGGGGCUCCACCCGCCUGGAGCCCAUGUUCAGCAUGAAAACCUCCACCGCAUCCACUCUGGAAAAAAAGCAAGGAGGGCAAAUGAGGACCCGUCCCAAUGUUGGGGCUGUGCGGAGCAAAGGACCCGUGGUCCAGUACACCCAUGACUUAACAGUGGCCAGCCCACAGCAGUUCAAACCUGUGGAGCAGCCCCAAAUGCUCCCUAUGACCUCCCAGUCGGUUUCUCCCCAGUUCGUGGAAGUGGAUAGCCCUGAGAGCCAGCUGGCUCAGGCCAAGAAACAACAAGUAGCUAAGAAGAGCACUUCCUUCUUGCGUCCCGGCUCGGUGGGAUCGGGGCCAUCCUCACCGCCUUCCCCAGGUGUGACCGAAACGCCUCUCACUGGAAGGACAGGGCUGACCCAGCAGUUCCGGUUCUCAGGCACCCAGCCCUCUGGAAGUGUUCAGUCCUUCCAUGGCAUGAUGGACCGUGUGCCCAACGAAGCCGCCUACCGGGCCCCCACAGAGAAGCUCUUCUACCUUCCCCACGUCUGCAGCUACACCUGCCUCUCCCGCGUCCGCCCUUUCCGCUCCGACCAAUACCGCAGCAAGAACCCUCUCCUCAUCCCACUCCUCUAUGACUUCCGCCGCAUGAAUGCCCGCCGCCGCAUCAACCGUAAGACUGGCUUCCACGUCAUCUACAAGUCCCCUUGCGGCCUCUGCCUGCGGAGCAUGGCCGAGAUUGAGCGGUACAUCUUUGAGACAGAUUGCGACUUCCUCUUCCUGGAGAUGUUCUGCUUGGACCCCUACGUCAUGGUGGACCGCAAAUUCCAGCCUUACAAGCCCUUCUACUACAUCAUGGACAUCACCAAGGGCAAGGAGGAUGUCCCGCUGUCGUGUGUCAAUGAGAUUGACAACACCCCACCCCCCCAAGUGGCCUAUAGCAAGGAGCGCAUCCCCGGCAAAGGGGUCUACAUCAACACCAGCUGGGAAUUCUUGGUGGGCUGCGACUGUGAAGAUGGAUGCCGGAACAAAUCCAAAUGUGCUUGCCACCAGCUCACCAUCCAAGCCACAGCCUGCACCCCAGGUGCCCAGAUCAACCCAAACGCUGGAUACCAAAACAAGAGGUUGGAAGAAUGCCUACCAACCGGGGUUUACGAAUGCAACAAGCGUUGCAAAUGCAACCCCAACAUGUGCACGAACCGCUUAGUCCAGCAUGGGCUCCAGGUGCGGCUGCAGCUCUUCAAGACGCAGAACAAAGGCUGGGGUAUCCGCUGCUUGGACGACAUUGCUAAGGGCUCCUUUGUCUGUAUCUACGCAGGGAAAAUCCUGACGGACGAUUUCGCUGACAAAGAGGGCCUGGAGAUGGGCGAUGAGUACUUUGCCAACUUGGACCACAUUGAGAGUGUGGAGAACUCCAAGGAGGGCUACGAGAGUGAAGCCAAAUGCUCUUCGGAUAGCAGCGGGGUCAAUCUGAAGGACGACGAGGACGAGAACACUGGCUCAGAAGACCAAGAGGAAUCCAACGAGGAUAGUUCAGACGAUAACUUCUGCAAAGACGAGGACUUCAGCACCAGUUCGGUCUGGCGUAGCUAUGCCACCCGACGCCAAACACGGGGCCAACGCGAGAACGGUCUCUCAGAGACGGCCUCCAAGGACUCAGGCCUUGCCCGGCAGGUCAGCAGCGAGGAGCCGGCACCUUGCAAACCUCCGAUCUCCGAAGAGACCUCUAAAAAUAAGGUGGCAUCCUGGUUGAGCUCCAACACCAUGUCGGAUGGGUUCCAGGACGGCGAUAGCCGGCCCUCGUUCCGGCUGCCAGAAACAGGGGCACCAUCCAAAGCCGAAACCACAGAAAGCGAGAAGACUGGGACUUUGGGUUUCCCUGGGAAGGAGGCGUCUGGCUUGGAGGGAGCAAUGACGGGGAAGAAGAAAGAGGAAUCCGAAGAUCACAGCAAAUCUGCACAAGGGGGCAACUCAAGCAGGGUUUAUGGCUACAACCCCAACCCCUCAAUCCCUGAAGGGGUUCGGCGCCCGCUCACCAAAACAGCCUUGCAUCAGAACCGAAGGCAGUUGGAUUCUCAGCAAGGAGCUAAAGACGAUAUACUUAUGCUUUCGAGUAGCACCGACAGUGACGGGGACAACGGGCGAGGGACCGCGGGGCAGGCGCAAGGCAACACCAACGACAGCGACGACAUCCAGACCAUUUCUUCCGGCUCGGAAGAGGAGCCAACGGCAGAAGAGAAGAAGAACUCCUUUUCCAGACUAGGACCAGUGAAAAGGCAAGUGGCCGUUAAGUCCACCCGGGGGUUUGCCUUGAAGUCCACACACGGCAUUGCCAUCAAGUCAACCAAUCUGGCUUCUGGGGAGACUGCUCUGGUCCGCAGGAACACGCGGCAGUUCUACGACGGCGAGGAGUCCUGCUACAUCAUCGACGCCAAGCUGGAAGGCAAUCUGGGCCGCUACCUCAACCAUAGCUGUAGUCCGAACCUUUUCGUCCAGAACGUCUUUGUGGACACUCACGAUCUUCGUUUCCCUUGGGUGGCCUUCUUUGCCAGCAAGAGGAUCCGCGCAGGUACGGAGCUCACUUGGGACUACAAUUACGAAGUCGGUAGCGUGGAAGGCAAGGAGCUUCUCUGCUGCUGCGGAGCCAUCGAGUGUCGCGGCCGCUUGCUGUAAAGUGGCGGAUUUCGGAGGACGGGCAGCUUUUGGACACUCCACAUCUCCAUUUGGCAUUUUUGUUUGUUCCCAAUUGUCUCAGUUUCGUGUUGACAGUUCCCGUUGUGUUUCCGAAGGAUUCUUCCUUCAUUUCCUUCCACUGUUGUAUAGCAAUAAAAUGUUCCCAGUUGGGUCUAGAUGAAAA